UUCGCAGCCAAUUAGAGUGGGAUAUGGCCUACCACAUAUCAGGGUUAAAGGAAAAAAAAGAGUCCUGCCUCUGGCGUUGAAAACGAGCCUCUGCUGCCCUCAGACAGAAACAAGUUAGGAAAGGGUAAGAGCAGUCCUGUCCACUGCGAAGGAGUGUUAUGGGGUUAGUGAUUAAUUACGUCGGAGUGUAACACUUGUCCGCCGCUUUGUGUAUCCAAUAAAUUAAGGGCUCCCGAGACUUUUACGCACACAGGUGAAGUAUUGGAUGAGCGUACAGGGACUGCUGCGCACCUUUACUGCAGACGCACCGCUUUAUAAGGAUAAGCUGCACGUGGACUGGGACUAUUCUACAUUGAAGAGGAAAUUCUCUAUCCCAUCGAAGCCCUCUUUGGAUUGCCUUCAUGUCGUUUUUGAGAGAUAACCGAGGUCUGUAAGUGCACCCCGAUGGCUGGAAGACAGGCGCUUCGAAUGGACAGUGCUAAUUGCUCCGGGGCGGCCGUGGAUGACAGCCCUGCAUCCAGUCCGAGUUCCAGUCCCAGUCCGGACGGUCGUCGGGAGCUUCAGCGGGCCAGGGCGCUCCAGACCGGCGGGCUCGGCGGCAGAGGACGCCCGGCGGCAGCUAACGCGGCUCGGGAGAGGAGCCGAGUGCAAACCCUGAGGACCGCGUUCCUGGAGCUACAAAGGACUUUGCCGUCCGUGCCCCCGGACACCAAGCUGUCCAAACUCGACGUGUUGAUACUGGCCACCACCUAUAUUGCCCAUUUGACUCGAACACUACAAGAAGAAGGCACGGAGGAGGGAGAGAGCACAAAACAAACAGAGGCGUUACACUCAUUGAAAGGUGAUGGCUACCUGCACCCAGUGAAGAAAUGGCCCAUGCGAUCCAGACUGUACGUCGGAGCAAGCGGACAGUUCCUCAACACAAAACCUUCACAGUCAGAAAAUCAAGGCCCAUCAUCGUCCACCUCCCAGUAAUGGGCUUAAAUCUUUGUAUGAAACCAUUUGCAUGAGUUACUGUUGCACCAGCAUUAUGCAUUAUGAUUGUGGAUCAGAUUUUACUUCCGCUAAAGCCCUUGAAUACAUUGUAAAUUAAUAUAUUACGUGAAUUUUAUUGUAUACAUUUUGAGAAAACAUAGGCUACAUUAUGUUUCUCUGUUGUUAUUUUGACUUCUCCUGUUUGCCCUGCAUUGUGCAGUUCCGUACAUGUCCCAGGUAUAUUUGAAGAAAUUCCACGGGGUACUGAGCCCGUCAUGCUUGAGGUGUGCACUUUCAAUUGAAACAUUUGCACUAAAUGCAUGUGUGCAUAACUUAACAUCUGUCAUGUGAAGUGGUCUGUCAGAAAGUCAACAAUGGAGGCUCUUCGUCUCAUGUUCCUUCUUAUUUUUACAUGCAUGGUUGUAAAUGUGUUUGUGAAUAAAUGACUUCAGUGAAAGAAGAGUCUCUAAGGUUUUGACGAUAA